GUCGUCUUGCAGUGGUGUCAAUAUCCAUGACUGGUGGCUAUACUCAGUCAGUCAAUGACGCCAUUCAGGCUCUCUACAAGUCUGGAGUCCCAGUUGUGGUGGCUGCUGGGAAUUAUGCUUCAGAUGCCUGCAUGUGGUCUCCUGCUAGUGCUUCCAAUGCCAUAACAGUUGCUGGUAGUGCCGAGGGUGACAGACUCUACUCUAAAACAAACUAUGGUUCCUGUAUUGACAUCUUUGCUCCUGGUCAUAAUGUUCAGGGAGCCAACCAUAUGUGCAGUGAUUGCUAUCAAUUUAAGAGUGGAACUUCAUUUGCUGCUCCACUAGUGAGUGGAGCUGUUGCAAUAUUGCUACAGAGACAGCCAAGACUGACACCUGAUCAGAUUCUCUACCAGUUGAUCUCUCUCUCAACAAACAACACCCUCGAUACUGAUUCAAUUCCUGCAAACUUUACCUCCUCCACUCCAAACCGGCUUCUCUUCAUUCCUGAAUCCUGUGGUGGAAAACUAAGUAUUGGAUUGCAGUCUGUCAUCAGAAUUGAGUCUCCAAACUACCCAUUGAAUUACUUCAAAAAGACUGUCUGCAAGUGGUUGAUCACUGGCCCACUAAACACCUAUGUCCGGAUCUCAUUCACCAAUUUUUCGACUGAGCCUUUCUAUGAUAGAAUAGAACUGUACCAAGGGACAUCUUGUGACCCAAACAUUACACAACUGGCCACUCUUAGUGGAAAGAGGGAUGAACUUGCGUUUACACAGUGUGAUAGUCUCUCAAACUCUCUUUUAGUGGAGUUCAGGACAGAUAGCCUUAUCAGUGAUACUGGGUUUAGAGCAAACAUCUUAGUCGCUCAGACACGACAGAAACAGACUGUGGUAGUUGGACUGGAAGAGUCAACCUACCUGGUGAAUGAGGAUGAAGGAAGGGUCAAAGUAUGUGUAGCAAUAUCAAAUCUACAUACCUGUUGUCCUGUGACACACAACUUCUCAGUGACACUACAACACACGCCUGGAAGUGCAACUGUUGGAAGUGAUUAUAUCUUUGAUGAUAGAAGAAGCACACUUCAGUUUGGUACAUGUGAUAAAAGAAAGUGUUUCUUUAUCGGAACGGUGAAUAACCACCAGGUUGAGACUGAUGAGUCCUUUACACUCACUCUAGUAAACAACAGCUUUGAAAGUGAUAUUGAACUAGCCAUGAUGUCUGCCAAUGUUACAAUAUUAGAUGAUGAUGUUGCUUCCGUGGGCCUAGAACAUACUGACUACUCGGUAGAAGAAGGUCAGGAAGUUAGAGUGUGUGCUCGAUUGAUGACCUCGAGAGGCAGUUGCACCGUGUCGUUUCCCUUCUCUGUUGUUGUGAACACGGAAUACGGAAGUGCUGUGUCACCAGAAGACUAUGUAACAGUGUCUAACGAAAGUCUGAGUUUUGCACCUUGUACUACCAACGUUUGUUUCAAUAUAACAACUCACGAUGAUACACUGCCAGAAGGAAAUGAAGAGUUCCAUGUGAUACUCUCCAGAGGCCCAGAUCUUAACAGUAGAAUCCAUCUCGAUCAUAUCAUGAACAUGGCUGUGGUGACCGUUCUUGAUGAUGAUGCUGCUAGGGUCGGCAUCCAGAACCAGAGCUAUGAAGUUGCUGAAAAUGAACAAAGUGUUCAAGUGUGUGUCGUAGUACUUAGUCCACACCCACUGAGAACAAAUUGCCCACUUGACUUCAGCUUUAGUGUUAGAAUGGUUACCUCUUCUGGUACUGCAGGGUCUGGCUCAGACUAUGUGUCUGGAGCGAUGCUGUUAAGGUUCGGGUCGUGUGCAAAGGAAGUGUGUAGAAGCAUUAGAAUUAUCAAUGACGUUAUCAUGGAGUUACUGGUUGAGGAGUUUUUAGUGUCUCUUGAGACAUUCGUAACAGAUUCAAGAGUCAGUGUUAGUGCUGAACCCAGCACUGUCAGAAUCAUUGAUGACGAUGGUGUAACGUUAGGAUUGGAAAGUACUUCGUAUGGAGUUGGUGAGAGUGAUCAGUGUGGUGUUGUUGUGUGUCGAAAUAGUUGGUCAAAGCACCCUCUUCAACACAGUGGUUGUAUCCACCGUCCAAGGCACGGCAGGGUCUCCUUUAGACUUUAUUCCUACCUCUCGGCUCCUAACAUUUGAACCAUACUCCUCCCGAAUGUGCAUCACCAUUGACAUUGUGGACGAUGCUGCUGUAGAGAACACAGAGUCUUUCACUGUAAGUCUGAGCAGGACUGGUGGACUUGACAGUAGAGUUCAGCUGAGACAACUGACUUCAACCAUUGAGAUUACUGAUGAUGACACUGGAGCUACUGUGGAACUAGUAACUGGCUCACUGAGUGUAACAGAGGGUCAUGUUGUGAGCUUCUGUGCUGUUGUUAGUAUUCAUGACACUGGCUGUGCAGUAGCAUUUGAUUUCAAUAUUUCUCUCUCCUUUCGGGGAUCUGCCGAGGCAGCUGUAGACUAUGGUAAUAUACCAAUGGCAUACACCGUGCCUGCUUGCCAGAAUUUAACUUGUGUGAAUGUGACAAUUGUCGAUGAUGACAUUGUGGAGAAAGAUGAGACUAUUGAGAUCACUGGCUCUGUGAGUGAUAGAAGGAUUAGAAUGACUGGAGGAACAAAGUUCAUCACUAUCACUGAUAACGACAGUGCCGUGGUUGGUCUCAGGAGUGUAUUUCUGAUGGUGCGAGAGAAUGUUGGCCAAACUACUGUUUGUGCAGUCAUUGAACACAGAAAAUCAAUAGCUUUCCCCUUUGAUAUCAAAUUCACAUUCAUCCCUCAAAGUGCAAGUAUGUGUUUUUUAUGCUUUUCUUUACUCAAUGUUUGUUCCCUCCAUCUUUCACCCCCUCUCCUUUCUUUACUGGAUUACCUAUAUAUACACAGCACGUCCAUAUGACUUCACAACAGGAGUAGUCUAUGACAGGUAUGAUCCCGAACAGAAUGAAGCCUGUGUGUCGCUGGCAAUAGUGGAUUCCGUGGAUGUGGAGCUGCCAGAGUCACUGCUAGUUGAAAUUGAGCUGAGAGAACCCAAUCCAGUCAUUAGAAUGAGCCCAGACAUGUCUGUUGGAUACAUACAGAUUAUGGAUGAUGAUAUUGCUGUUAUAGGUCUUGAGAGGACAGCUUACUACCUCAACUCUGGAAGUGAUGACGUACAAGUGUGUGUCUUAAUCUCAAGGCCGACUCCUAGCCAGACAAGUUGUCCCAUCUCAUUUCCCAUGGACAUCAUUUUCCGGCUCUCUACUGAAGCUGCUGAUGUAUUUGAAGUGGAUGAGACUCAGACACUCACAGAGGGCCAUGGCAUUGAGAGAGUAGACAUGCAAGACUCAGUACUUCUCUACAAUUCCUGUCAGAGAAAGUUCUGCUUUGAUGUCAGCCUGAAGAUUGAAACAAGGCCAGAGAGUGGAGAAAGAUUCAUCAUAUCAGUGGAAAGGUCUCCAGAUCAUGGGAGAAGCACCAUGCUGGAUUCGGACAAAAUGAGUGGCUUCAUUGAGAUUCGUUAAAGUUACUCAGUAGAAGCAAACCUUGAAUAUUAAAGAGAGAUUUAGUCAUAUAUAGGCUGAAUGUGUUACAUAAUUCUUACUGUUGAAUGUUUGAGCUAGAUAUCAAUUAAUGGAGUUUCAACCCCAACCAACAAAUUUCAAGAAACUUUAACUUACUUAUAGAAAUGGUAGCUGCAGCUGCAUGUAGCUAAUGAGGUAUUAUUACACUUCC